UUGUGCAUCGCAAGUGUUUUGUACAAUAGUUGAUCCUGCUAGAAGGAUUCCCUCAAAAUGAGCUUCAAUAGACGAAAUAACAAUAAACAGGGCAAAGCCUCAGAGCCGCUCAGCGCUUUGGCUUUUCCUCAACAAAAAGUUAUCGUGGUCAACGACAAAAUUGGAUUAGAAUCACAAUCAAAAACGAUCGUUCAGCAAUGGUUACAAGAGCUUCCCAAUGGCACGAAGGUGGAACCAUGUCCUGUAGAAAGUCUAAAAGAAUCGACGCCGUUUUUAUUCGCAUGCGCCUCCAAAUUGGAACGCCGGUUCGAGCUUCGACAGAUAUUCGCUUUUGUUUCUGACUGUAAACAAAACGCGACCGUUACGCACCUCUGCAUUUGGGUGACGGAAAGUAAACUGAAACAUUCGUUCCUGUUGCCUUACCUCGAGCAUAUGGCCGAUACGGUGAUUACCUUCGAGGACCACGAACACAUCGCACUGCUGGUGAAGAAAACAAGCGGAGCAGUUACCAACAAAUACUACCAGUUCGAGGUUCCACCAUCGAUGAAAACGAUUCACGUCACGGAAGUGCCCCGACCGGCGCAAGCAAGGGAAGGGGCUUCCGUCGCAGCAGCAGUUGAACCACCACCAAAUCCGGCCUCUCUUGGAACGUUCAAAAUCGACUUGAAGGAGGAGGAGAUUAAGGCGAAGAAUGCGCUUACGUUGCCGUUUGAAUUCUACAAAACGACUUCAGAAGGAGGAAAAAUUCUCUACCAUCCCGAUGCCGACGAUGACCUAGACGAAGAGGACCCGGAUGAUGAUUUGUUGAUAUAGGAAUAUUCAAUAUACGCAGCAAUAUUUCAAUAGAGCAAUUGACACAUCCUUUUUUUAUUAUUGCAUUCUUCGUUCUCGUAUAGCUGCUGUACAUAUUGCUGUACACUGAGGUGCCUAUGUCGCGGUCUCACAAUUGCCAGCUGCCUCACUAAGACGACUAAC